GUCGCAGUCGGCCAUGUUUGGUGGAUCGUAGCGGUCGUUGAUGGCUACGUAAAAGUCAACAGCCGGUUUUUCGAAGGAAUAAAAUCGCUAGCAUCAGUGAUCAUCGGCGAUUUUUACGUUUCCUUUUUUUUCGCCGAGGAUCCGUGUGUAGUCGCACACGACUGUUCUCUCCUCAUCGAUUCAUCGCGCUUCCCUCGGCUGCCGCCUCUCGUCUCGUUGCUCAGUGACGUAUCCAGCGACUGCCGACUUGCUGCCGAAGAUGAGCGCAAACAAUAUGCAAGCGCUCUCUGCGUGCUCCCGAUGCUUCUCCAGGCAUCCCUUCGAAGAUCUCUCGCCCGGGCAACAAUUGUGCAAGGAAUGCAGAGGAGCGUUUCCAGUGGUGAAAUGUACAUAUUGCAGAUCAGAAUUCCAACAAACUAUAAAAGGCAAUACAAGCACUAUAUGUAAAAAGUGCGAGCAAAAUGUAAAGUCCUAUGGGAAGCCAUCAGCCUGCGAAUACUGCAAUACUAUAGCUGCAUUUAUUGGUAGCAAAUGCCAACGAUGUACAAACUCGGAGAAACGCUAUGGACCACCAGUUACAUGCGAACAAUGCAAGCAAAAGUGUGCCUUUGACAGACAGGACGAAGACAAAAAGGUAGACGGCAAGUUAUUAUGUUGGCUCUGUACGUUGUCAUAUAAACGAGCAUUGGCAAAAACAAAGCAAUCGGAUGCAGAGAGAAGAGCGCAUUUGAAAUUGGCACAACAGCGGGCUGCAAAGCAUAAAGAACAAAAAUUAAAAAGUCACAGUAAAAGACCGCACAGAGUCGAUGUGACGAAACUACCACCACAAUCUGAGGGUGGAGACACGAAUGGUCCUACUCCUGCGAAAGUAGCUCGGAUGGCUGGCGUGCACGAUCCGCAUGAUCCGAACAGUUCCGAUCAUGUUGUGGCCGUUACGCAGCUCAAGGAAAAGAUAGCGCAUCUUCAAAAACAAAUCAGUAUAAAAGACAGUCAGUUACUAGCAAAAGAUAGACAAAUUACUGAACUGAAAGCGAAAAAUUUCACAUCCGAGACGGAGAUGCGCAAUAAAAUGAAAGCUUCGGAGAAGGAAUAUGAGACGAAAAUUUCCAAUCUGCAGCACAAGAUAUCUAGUUUGCUGAAGGAAGUGGCAUCGUUGUCGAAAACGUCCAAGCGAGGUGAUCGAGUGGCCGCUACUAAGACAGAAACUGGGACCAACAGUGGGAGUGGAACAGACAGUCCUGUACCUUGAUAAGGUAAGUGUAUUUUUGUUAAUUCUAACGGCAGUGCGCAUUAAAUGUCAAAAACGCAAUGGUGACAUAAAUUAGCACAUUAGUCAAUUAUUCUGCCACAGCAGAUGUGAAGUCCCCUUUCUUGUAUUGUUUUUAGGGAAUUGAUUAACUGUGACAACGUACUAUCGAUACGAAUGUCCAUACCUGCAUAAAUCAUAUAUGUGGUACAUUACACAUAUAGUUAAUUAUUUCCAUUAACAGGACAAAAUCGUAUUAUUUUUCUAAUUACUAUAGUGUAUAUUAUAUUCUCUCACAAUAUGUACCGAAAAAAGGACUUAUUCGUAUCUCCAUCUAGGGGAGAUCAAUGAUGCAAGUGCAAAAUUUAUAUGUAACAAUUUAGAUAAUCUCUUCCCUUCUAAUUUUUCGGCGACUGCAACUUUGCGCGGUUGCAGUUUGUCAACAGUACCAAUUUUUAUCAAAUUAGCGAAAGACUAGAAAAAUUUGAAUCAUAACAAAUCAAAUAUAAAUUUUGUUUCUGUGGCACGAAGUUAUAAAAGAUUUCGGGCUCGUAUUGGACAAACUUGAAUCGAUGGAUUUCAUAUAUGUAUGUUACAUACAUACAUGUAUGUGGAUAUAAUAAGUGACGCGCACGUCGGAUAGCGUUGCUAUGGCAUUUUAUUAUUUAUAAUAAUGAUGUAUGCAGCGAUGAAUCGGAUAUGGUGAUUGUAGAUCAAUUUACAAUAAAAACUUGGAAACCAA